AAAACAGUUUAUAUUAUCGCAGAAACAAAAGGCUUUCAGACUUUUUUACAAUUUUUUGUUUUAUUAGGAGCUGAAAUACUAAAAUCAAUGCUAUUCAAAAUAUCCUAUUAUAUUGCAAGUAAUAACAAUGAUUAUAAUGAAGAUAUAAACAAUAUUUCUUAUAAUGAAUUAACUUAUAUAAAAGAUUUUGAAUAUUUUAAAAAUUUUAUUAAUGAUGUAGAUUUAUCCUAUAUUGGAACUACAAUUUUAGUAGUCAUUAGCUGA